AUGUACAAGAUACAACUCUUGUCUUGCAUUGCACUAACUCUUGCACUCAUUGCAAACGGUGCACCUACUUCAAGCUCUACGGGGAACACAAUGAAAGAAGUGAAGUCAUUGCUGCUGGAUUUACAGUUGCUUUUGGAGAAAGUUAAAAAUCCCGAGAACCUCAAGCUCUCCAGGAUGCAUACAUUUAACUUCUACAUGCCCAAGGUUAACGCUACAGAAUUGAAACAUCUUAAGUGUUUACUAGAAGAACUCAAACUUCUAGAGGAAGUGCUAGAUUUAGCUCCAAGCAAAAACCUGAACACCAGAGAGAUCAAGGAUUCAAUGGACAAUAUCAAGAGAAUAGUUUUGGAACUACAGGGAUCUGAAACAAGAUUCACAUGUGAAUAUGAUGAUGCGACAGUAAAGGCUGUAGAAUUUCUGAACAAAUGGAUUACCUUUUGUCAAAGCAUCUACUCAACAAUGACUUGA